AUGAAAUUUUCAGCUGCUUUGGUGCUCUCCGUGGCUAGUUCCACUCUCGUCCAGGCCAUGCCUCACGUCCAUAAGAGGGCCGAACAGGACGAAGCUUGCACCACCACUGCUCACGCUCACCGCGCCGGUAAGCGUGCUGUGGCCGUCGAGUACGUCUACCAAACCGUCACUGUCAAUGGCCAGGGUGCUACUGUUUCGGUGCCAACCUUCACCACUUUGAGCAGUGGUUCUGCUUCUUCCUCUGCACCUGCCGCGUCCUCGAGCUCUGCUUCGUCCUCUGCGCCGGUCGCUUCUUCCAGCUCAAGCUCGUCUUCUGUGCCAUCCAGCUCAGUUUACAGUGCAUCUUCAGUCACUUCCUCGAGCUCUGCUUCUUCCCCAAGCUCCGCUUACUCCUCAAGCGCUGCUUACUCUUCAAGCGCUGCCUACUCUUCAAGCUCCGCUUACUCUUCGAGCUCUGCUGCACCAAGCUCGUCUUCUUCCUCUUCUUCUAGCCAGGCUUCUGCAUCGGCCACCCACUCUUCCUCCUCGGGCGGGAUCAGCGGUGACCUUUCUGCCUUCUCCGACCCCUCUCAACCUUUCCAAGAUGGUACUAUUGCUUGCAGCAGCUUCCCAUCUGGACAAGGUGUUAUUUCUCUUGACUGGUUGGAUUUCGGUGGCUGGUCCGGUAUUGAAAACUCGGACGGUUCCACCGGUGGCUCGUGCAAGGAAGGCUCUUACUGCUCUUACGCCUGUCAAUCCGGUAUGUCCAAGACCCAAUGGCCUUCCAACCAACCUAGCAACGGUGUUUCUAUUGGUGGUUUGCUAUGUAAGAAUGGUUUCCUCUACCGUUCCAACACCAAUGCCCAAAACUUGUGUGAAUGGGGUAGAGACAUGGCUGACGUUGUUUCCGAAUUGAGUCAGGACGUUGCCAUUUGCAGAACCGACUACCCAGGUACUGAAAACAUGGUUAUUCCAACAUACGUUGAAGCUGGCUCUACCAUGCCUAUCACCGUUGUCGAUGAGGACAGCUACUACCAAUGGAAGGGUAUGAAGACCUCGGCUCAAUUCUACGUCAACAACGCCGGCGUUUCUUUGGAAGAUGGCUGUGUUUGGGGUACUGCUGGCUCUGGCGUCGGAAACUGGGCUCCAUUGAACUUCGGUGGUGGUUACACCGAUGGAGUUGCUUACUUGGCCUUGAUUCCAAACCCUAACAACCGCAGUCCUAUGAACUACAACGUCAAGAUCGUUGCUGCCGAUUCUAACAGCAACGUCAUUGGCGAGUGUAAGUACGAAAACGGCCAGUUCAACGGUGGUUCUGACGGCUGCACGGUCUCUGUCACCCAAGGUAAGGCCAACUUUGUCUUAUACAAUUGA